AUGGAGAAAUUGAGGAAAAAGAUGAAAAAGAAAAGAAAAGAAAAAAGAAACGUGAACACGGAUGACGAAUUACCCGGUGCUCCCAUUUCGCACAAGCACGUGAUAGAAUACGGAUCCACGCACGUGACGAGCGCUUCUCCUCUACACGUGACUUCUUUGACGUGCACUCACGUGACUUCUUUGGCGUGCACUCACGUGACGCCGCUGCGGCUGGUCACGUGCUCGGUCACUGGUCUGGCUAUAGGGACGUUACUUCUUAUUGCCAAUUUCCAAUUUGGAUUGCAGACUGGGUGGGUUUCGAUGAUGUCUUUACCAGCGGCUCUUUUGGCUUGUACAGCAUUGCCUCAGGUGACUCCUGCUGAGGCGGUUUUUGCUCAGAGUGUGGCUGUGGCUGUGGGGACAGGUCCAUUGGCAUUUGGAUUUGUAGGUGUGAUACCUGCAGUGGAGAAAUUGUUAAGACCAGAUGAAACAGGAGGAGUGAGGCUGGCAGGCCAGUUGUUCACACUGCCGGAGCUGGUCACAUGGGCGGCCGCUUUGGCCUUUUUUGGUGUGUUUUGUGCAGUACCUUUGCGUAAACAUGCUAUUAUUACAGAGAAAUUGCGGUUCCCUAGUGGAAGUGCCACAGCAACAUUGAUUGGUGUCUUGACAGGGACUACCGCUGGUCGUGGUGCUAAUGCGGGCGCAGAUGCAAUUAGUGGCGCGGAACUUAGUGGCGCGGAACUUAGUGGCGCAGAAAUUAGUGGCGCGAGUCCUCGCGACACAAAUCCUGCUGCCACAAAUACAAUUACAAAUACAAUUACAAGUACACUUGCAAACACAAACACAUCCCCACCAAUUUCUCUUUUGAAAAACACGUUUAUAUUCUCAUCAAUCUUUUCUGCCAUUACAUACAUCUUCCCCAUAUUGCAAAAUAUCCCCUUCUUGGGAUCUCACUUGGCUCAUAAUUACCUUUGGACAUUCCAAUUAUCCCCAGCUUAUUUUGGCCAAGGUGCUAUCAUGGGUCUCCCCACAGUAUCUCAUAUGCUUGGCGGUUGUGUUCUUGGAUGGGCCAUCUUGGCUCCCUUGGCUCGUCAUAACGAAUGGGUCUCUCCAGAUUCUCCUCCCAAUGAUUGGGAAAAUGGGAUUCAAGGUUGGAUUCUAUGGACUGCAUUAUCGAUUAUGAUUGCUGAUGCAGUUGUAGGGUUUGUUGUAUUUAUUGUACGUUCCAUGAUUAAAUUAAUUCAUUCCAAUACUAAGGAAUUUACUAUGGAAUUAUCACAACUUGAUGGCAAUGAUUCACUUUCUGAUGUACCUCCAAAUGAAUUGGUAACAAGCACAACAGUCAUCUCUGGUCUCAUCAUCUCGUCUCUUCUUUGUAUUAUUUUAAUGUUACGUCUCUUUGGAUCUCAAUUGGUCCCCAUUUAUUCUAUACUAUUGUCUUUAUGUCUAGCAUUUUUCUUUGCUGUAUUAGCCAUUCGUGCUCUAGGUGAAACUGAUCUUAACCCGGUGAGUGGCAUUGGUAAACUAUCUCAAUUAAUCUUUGCCAUAGUAAUUCCACGCUCCCAUAAAGGUGCAGUGCUUCUUAAUCUUGUUGCAGGUGCCAUUGCAGAAGCUGGGGCUCAACAAGCCGGUGAUUUGAUGCAAGAUUUGAAAACUGGUCAUUUAGUAGGUGCUGCACCUCGUGAUCAAUUCAUUGCCCAACUAUUGGGUACAUUAUGGUCUGUCCCACUUUCGGCAAUAGUAUAUUAUUGUUAUUCUCAUAUAUAUACCAUCCCAGGUGAUAGAUUCCGUGUCCCCACUGCAGCAGUAUGGGUAGAUUGUGCAAGAUUAGUUUUGGGUCAAAAUUUACCAAAACAUGCUUUGGAUUGUGCUUUAGUCUUCGCCAUUAUUGCAUCAUUUUUAUCAUUAAUUAAAAAUUGUUAUCCCAAUAGAACCAGAUGGGUUCCCUCGGGGAUUGCAAUGGGAGUGGGUAUUUGUAAUACUCCAAAUUUCACAUUGGCAAGAUUCUUGGGUGGGAUGAUAUCUUCAAUUUGGAAUCAUUAUAAUGUUUCAUUAGAUUCUACUUUAAUGAUCAUUUUUUGUUCAGGUCUUAUAUUAGGUGAAGGUUGUUUUAGUAUUGUAUCAAUGGCAUUGACUUAUUUCACUUGA